AUGAGCUUCAGCUCUCACACGGUGCUUGAUUCCUUGGUAAAGGAGCCUUCCAUCAGUGAUGAUGGUGAUUUUGUGACACUGAAUCACCAGAAACACGUCCAUCGAGGCGGUGCCUCUGCUCUCGACACGCUGGCGCUGCCAUGCUCGCCUCAUUCUAGUUAUCCUUCUGUGCGUGGGAGGCUCAGCUACCGUCUGGGUGCCUUCAGUCUGAUGUGGAGCAUGGCAGCCGUGGUGCUCUGCAGAGCACAAGUGCAAGUAGUGACCCAGGAUGAAAGAGAGCCACUGCACACACCUGCGUCCCUAAGAUGUUUUCUGAACACUUACCAGGAAGUCUUGAUUGUGACGUGGCAGAAAAUGAGGCCUUCAAGCCCGGUGAACAUGGUCACUUACAGCAAGAACCAUGGGGUUGUGAUUCAGCCUGCCUUUAAGGACAGGUUGAACAUCACCUACCUGGGACUCAACGACUCAACCAUAACCUUUUGGAAUACCACCCUGGAGGAUGAAGGAUGUUACUUGUGCCUCUUCAAUACAUUUGGCGCUGGGAAGAUCUCAGGGAAAGCCUGCCUCACGCUUUAUGUACAGCCCACAGUAUACUUUGACUACAAAUUGUUUGAAGACCACUUAAAUAUAACCUGCUCCGCCACUGCCCGUCCAGCCCCUGAGAUCUCCUGGAACGUGACAGGGUCAGGGAUUGAGAAUAGCACUGUGAGGUUUUCACACCCCAAUGGGACCACAUCUGUCACCAGUGUCCUGCAUGUCAAAGACCCUGAGAGUCAGAUGGGGAAGGAGGUGAUUUGCAAGGUGCUGCAUCUGGGGACUGUGACUGACUUCAGGAAAACCGUGGGCAACGGCUUUUGGUUUUCAGUUCCACUAUUAUUAAGCAUCGUUUCCCUGAUAAUUCUUCUGGUUUUAAUCUCCAUUUUAUUAUACUGGAAAAGGCACCGGAAUCAAGACCGAGGUAAGUCAUCACAGCAUUACAAAGAAGGGAAUCGGGAACAAGACAAAUUAAUUUUUAAGUGA